AGCCGGCGCGUGAUAUAAGUCGUUCGAACCGAUCAGCAUCGAAAUUUUGAGUCGCGCUCAAAUAGUUUGGGUGUUUUUGCAAUAAAUAUUUUAGUGUGCACAUAACAAUGGCAACAUUUUACACCUACAAAACGUCGUACACCACGGAUCACGGAAAUAAAAUGGAUGAUUCUGCAACACUUUGGCCAUACAGAACGACCCCGUUGGUGCUACCAGGUGCAAAGGUGAAGCGCGACUCAAAUGCUAAUGAUUGCUAUCUGCGCCACCACCCGAAUCCGGCCAUGAGGGCUCCCGUUCAGUCAACAUUAAAUCAUGAAGUUUUAAUGAAGCAAAAG